GUUGUGACUUAUAACGAUAUAAAAAGAUAACGAGACUGUUAGAUAACUUCUUAUAAAUCCAAGUUCACCAAUAAGACAACCGGCAUCGGUUAGAAAUUUAUUCAGUUAUGAGGCUACUUUCACGUAAAGUGUUGUUUCUACAAAAAAUUAUUAGUGUUAGAAACAUGGCAACUUCUAAUUAUCUUAUUAACGAUUCUAAAUAUUCGUUUUUAAAAGAUUUGGGAUUAAAAGAAAAAAAUUUAGGUGUUUUUGAUGGUAAUUGGAAAGGAUCUGGCCCAACAAUUCAGUCAGUAUGUCCCAGUAAUGGUAAAGUAAUAGCUGAAGUUCAACAAGGUUCUAUAACAGAUUACGAAGCGUGCGUGGAAGCUUCUAAAGACGCUUGGAAUGUUUGGGUCGAGGUACCGGCACCGAAAAGAGGUGACAUCGUACGACAAAUCGGCAACGCGCUUAGAGCCAAUUUAAUACCUUUGGGAAAAUUAGUCUCUCUCGAAAUGGGAAAGAUUUUACCUGAAGGUAUAGGGGAGGUUCAAGAAUACGUGGAUAUUUGCGAUUACGCGGUAGGUUUAUCCAGAACUAUCGGCGGAUCUGUUCUACAGUCCGAAAGACCAAAACACGCGCUAUUAGAAAAAUGGCUUCCGCUCGGAGUCGUUGGAGUCAUUUCGGCUUUUAACUUUCCGAUAGCAGUAUACGGUUGGAACAGCGCUAUAGCUAUGGUGUGUGGCGAUACGUUGGUAUGGAAAAGCGCCGAAACUACACCGCUCAUUUCAAUCGCUACAACGAAGAUUAUACAAGACGUUUUAGAAAAUAAUCACUUACCCGGAGCUAUUGCUACUUUAUGUUGCGGUGGAGCGAACAUAGGAAAAGCUAUGGCGACUGAUAGUAGGAUUAAAUUAUUAUCUUUCACCGGUAGUACUCAAGUUGGACAACAGGUGGGAAUCGAAGUUCAAAAGAGAUUCGGCAAAGUAUUAUUGGAACUAGGAGGUAAUAACGCCAUAAUUGUAGCGGAAGAUGCGAACGUCGAUAUGGUGGUACGGGCUAGUUUAUUUGCGUGCGUUGGUACCACCGGACAGAGAUGUACUACUACAAGAAGACUGAUAAUACAUGAUAAGGUUUAUUCAGAGGUUUUGGAGAAAUUGAAGAAAGCUUAUAGUCAAGUUUUGAAUAGAGUAGGAGAUUCUUUAGAUGAUAAUGUACUUGUUGGUCCUGUUCACAACAAACAAGCUGUACAAAAAUACGUGGAUACUAUAGAUCAAAUCAAAAAACAAGGUGGCAAAAUCGAAAUUGGUGGAAAUGUAUUAAAUAAACCUGGGUUCUUUGUCGAACCUACCAUUGUGACUGGGCUUCAACACGAUAAUCCCUUAGUUCACAAUGAAUGUUUUGCUCCGAUUGUAUACGUUUUGAAAGCAGAUAGUUUUGGUCAAGCUAUUCAAUGGAAUAACGAAGUUCCACAAGGAUUAUCGUCGAGUUUAUUCUCACAAAAUGUAGGAUAUAUACUUCAUUGGAUUGGUCCUAAUGGAUCAGAUUGUGGUAUAGUAAAUGUGAAUAUACCAACAUCUGGAGCGGAAAUAGGAGGAGCUUUUGGCGGGGAAAAAGCCACAGGAGGCGGUAGAGAAUCCGGUAGUGACUCAUGGAAACAAUAUAUGAGAAGAACCACUGUCACUAUUAACUAUUCCAAAGAUCUACCUCUAGCACAAGGCAUUAAAUUUGAAUAAUGAUUUUUAUAUAUUUUUUUUUAGAAAAUAAAUAAAAUAUAUUAAAAA